GCCGCCGGGGACAUGUCUAACCCCGGAGGCCGGAGGAACGGGCCCGUCAAGCUGCGCCUGACAGUACUCUGUGCAAAAAACUUGGUGAAAAAGGAUUUUUUCCGACUUCCUGAUCCAUUUGCUAAGGUGGUGGUUGAUGGAUCUGGGCAGUGCCAUUCUACAGACACUGUGAAGAACACACUCGAUCCAAAGUGGAAUCAACAUUAUGACCUGUAUAUUGGAAAGUCUGAUUCAGUUACAAUCAGUGUGUGGAAUCACAAGAAGAUCCAUAAAAAGCAAGGUGCUGGCUUUCUUGGUUGUGUCCGCCUGCUUUCCAAUGCCAUCAACCGUCUUAAAGACACUGGUUAUCAGAGGUUGGAUCUAUGCAAACUUGGGCCGAAUGACAAUGACACAGUUAGAGGGCAGAUAGUAGUAAGUCUCCAGUCCAGGGACCGUAUAGGCACAGGAGGACAAGUUGUGGACUGCAGUCGUUUGUUUGAUAAUGACUUACCAGACGGUUGGGAAGAAAGGCGAACUGCCUCUGGGAGAAUCCAGUAUCUAAACCACAUAACGAGAACUACACAAUGGGAACGCCCCACGCGACCGGCGUCAGAAUAUUCUAGUCCUGGAAGACCUCUCAGCUGCUUUGUUGAUGAGAACACUCCAAUUAGUGGAACAAAUGGUGCAACAUGUGGGCAGUCUUCGGAUCCCAGGCUAGCAGAGAGGAGAGUCAGGUCGCAACGACAUAGAAAUUACAUGAGCAGGACACAUUUACAUACUCCCCCAGAUCUACCAGAAGGUUACGAACAGAGGACAACGCAACAAGGUCAAGUGUAUUUCUUACAUACUCAGACUGGUGUGAGCACAUGGCAUGACCCAAGAGUACCUAGAGAUCUUAGCAACAUCAAUUGUGAAGAGCUUGGUCCUCUGCCUCCUGGAUGGGAGAUUCGUAAUACGGCCACAGGCAGAGUUUACUUCGUUGACCAUAACAACAGAACAACACAGUUUACAGAUCCUCGGCUCUCUGCUAACUUGCAUUUAGUUUUAAACCGGCAGAACCAACUGAAAGACCAGCAGCAGCAGCAAGUGGUGUCAUUGUGUCCUGAUGACACAGAGUGUCUGACGGUCCCGAGGUACAAGCGCGACCUGGUUCAGAAACUCAAAAUUUUACGUCAAGAACUUUCCCAACAACAGCCUCAGGCUGGUCACUGUCGUAUUGAGGUAUCCAGGGAAGAAAUUUUUGAGGAAUCAUAUCGACAGGUCAUGAAAAUGAGACCGAAAGAUCUGUGGAAGCGAUUAAUGAUCAAAUUCCGUGGGGAAGAGGGCCUUGACUAUGGAGGAGUUGCCAGAGAGUGGUUGUAUUUGUUAUCUCAUGAAAUGUUGAAUCCAUACUAUGGCCUUUUCCAGUAUUCAAGAGAUGAUAUCUAUACGUUGCAGAUCAAUCCUGACUCUGCAGUUAAUCCGGAGCAUUUAUCCUAUUUCCACUUUGUUGGCCGGAUAAUGGGAAUGGCUGUGUUUCAUGGACAUUAUAUCGAUGGUGGUUUCACAUUACCGUUCUACAAACAAUUGCUUGGGAAGUCAAUUACUUUGGAUGACAUGGAGUUAGUUGAUCCAGAUCUUCAUAACAGUUUAGUGUGGAUACUUGAGAAUGAUAUUACAGGUGUCUUGGACCAUACCUUUUGUGUUGAACAUAAUGCAUAUGGUGAAAUUAUUCAGCAUGAACUUAAACCAAAUGGCAAAAGUAUCCCAGUAACUGAAGAAAAUAAAAAAGAAUAUGUCAGGCUGUAUGUAAACUGGAGAUUUUUACGAGGCAUUGAAGCUCAAUUCCUAGCUCUGCAAAAGGGAUUCAAUGAAGUAAUCCCACAGCAUCUGCUGAAGACGUUUGAUGAGAAGGAAUUAGAGCUCAUUAUUUGUGGACUUGGGAAGAUAGAUGUUAACGACUGGAAGGUGAAUACACGGUUAAAACACUGUACCCCAGACAGCAAUGUUGUGAAGUGGUUCUGGAAAGCUGUGGAGCUCUUUGAUGAAGAACGACGAGCACGGUUACUUCAGUUUGUGACGGGAUCCUCUCGAGUGCCUCUGCAAGGCUUCAAAGCUUUACAAGGUGCUGCAGGCCCGCGGCUCUUCACCAUCCACCAGAUUGAUGCCUGCACCAACAACCUGCCAAAAGCUCACACUUGCUUCAAUAGAAUUGACAUUCCACCUUAUGAAAGUUAUGAAAAGCUAUAUGAAAAGCUGCUAACAGCCAUUGAAGAAACAUGUGGAUUUGCCGUGGAAUAACAAUGUCCGAGAUCAACCCAGGACUCUCUUUAGGCCACUGACUGACAGCCUUCUUUCAGCGAAGUUUCAUGGAAUGCUGAAAUACAGAAAUUUUCUCUCCUCUUUUUUGAAUGUUAGGACACUAUGAGGGGAAAGGACAAUUUUGAAAUUCCUUUUCAAGGGAAAAAAGGGUCUUUAUGCUUUGCCAUGAGGCCACAUUCAGCUGCUAUUUAAAAUUAAUAUCUUGAACCUAAAGAAUGCUGACUUUUCCUACAUUUCCAGAGUUAGGCAGUAUUCGACACCUAAAAGACUACUAUUUUUAUAAAAGGUAAUCUAUUCAAAUUGCUUCACAGAUUUCAAGUCUCUGAAACAUCAAGACAACUUCAGCAGUCGGUACCAGUCACAUUUCAAUGAAAUUGAAUACAUGAUUGUGAACAGCUCCUGUACUUACUCUUUGUAAAAACAAAAUAAAAUUAUUUUGGAUUAUUCUAACUUUGUAAAAAAAUUGGUUAAAAGAAUCAUUAUCUUUUAAAAAACUAAAACACUUAACAUGUUUAAUUACAUUUUCCUAUAGCAAAGCAUUCUAUUUUGCAUUAUCUGUUCAACCUAGCCUAAGUGAAUCUUUUCUAUUUUUCAAGCAUGAAUUUCCUGGAAUACAACUAUAUCAUUUUGGUUGUAAAAUUCCUAAUACAACCAGUUAGUCUAAACUUAGUAGUUUAUUUGAUACAAUAAAGUAUGUUCUAGGACUCCCUGUUUAAAAGACUUAAAAAAAAAAUUUCUGAUGAUUUUUAUCUGGAACCAGUAUAAUCAGGUAUUUUGGAUAUAUGUUUCAUCUUAAAUGGAAAUACUGCCUUUUUUUUUAAAUAGCUCCUGAUAUCAUGCGGAUAGGAUGGUAUUUUAAUAAUUCUUCUGCUGGGUCAGUUUACCUUUUGAUACACUAUUUCUAUAAACCAAAGUCUCUUUUGAUAAGUGUACCUGAUGUCUAUUACAUUUUAAUUACAGAGUAGGUUUCUGUCAACCAUCCUGAAUCUUUAACUGCUCAUGACAUUUCAUACAACUAAAACAAUGAAAAAGGAAGGAUACACUAAAGAUUAUCUAGGAAAUUUAGAAAGCCCAACUUUUACCAACAACACAAAGCAAAGGUGGUCAUUGAAAUGGUGAGGAAUAUUGAUACUGGAGAAGCAGUGAUUCUAACUCUCUAAAUUACUUUAAAACUGAAGGGUUAAUUUUGGAUAUAAGGG